AUGGCAGCAGCGUCAUCACAAGCAGGCACCGCCUUCACGCGGUUUUGGAAUCAUCCUGCUGGUCCCAAAACAAUCCACUUCUGGGCGCCAGCUAUGAAAUGGGGCCUAGUAAUAGCCGGCCUCAGCGACCUUCAACGCCCCGUCGAGAAGCUCUCUGUAACGCAAACAGUUGCCCUUGCAGCAACCGGCGUGAUCUGGUCCCGCUACUCGUUGGUGAUCAAGCCGAAGAACUGGUCGUUGUUUGGUGUGAAUAUGUUUGUGGGGGCGACGGGGAUUUAUCAGUUGAGCAGAAUUUGGAGAUACCGGCAAGAUAUGAAGAACAAGCCUGUGACGGCAACGGCCCACAAAGUUGCGGAAGAUACCAAACUCGCUGCUGAGGCGGCUAAGGAUGCUGUUAAGGGGUCUCAUUGAAGAUGGAUGUGGGCAUGGUGGGGAGGGACAUUGGGCUGUGGGUUGGGUGGAGGAUGCAGCGCUCGGGAGGAAACUGUCGAUUUGUGCACUGAAAACCGGACUACGACAUCACUGCUGUGGUGGUGUAGAUGUGGGCAUUUCGUUAGGUUGCAGCCUCGUAACAGGUCCUCUCGCGUGCAACCCAGCUUCCCACUCCCACGUAACUUAGAACACAGUUCACAGUUCAGUUCUGUAGGAUCAGGUAUUACGUAGCAUAACACCUCAUUUACACAAAAUACAUAGAGCCGAUAGCCAUGAUUGGUAGCAGUGCUAGCGGACGAGAAUAAGAUCGGAGAACAGGCG